CUUUAGCGACGGCGGCACAUGCUUCUAGAGCUCCUCUCUAGGACCACGCGGCGGAGCAUCGCUGCCUGCCCACACGUUAUGAAACGAUAAAAGGUGUAUGUAAGAUGCUGUAAUUGUGUACACAAUUGAGUUUGGCGUAGAAGCAGCGAGGUGCAUCUUACAGGAGUCACGCUCGGUUCAGACCGGUUUGCAUAGCACAUUCCACGGGGGCAGUAGUCACUUCUACAUACGUAACGCAAGAAGAUGUCUGCACUUCGAGACCUAGUGGCUGGGUCGGAUAUGUGCACGCCCAGCGAUGGCGCUGGGCCUUCCAACGCGAUGGGCAACCUCGUCAACACACUCCUGGGCGGCGCUGGGAAGACGCAGGAGCAGCUCAGAGAGCUGCCGGGUGUGCCAGGCGGCGCGGGCCCGAGCACCUCCUAUGCCCGGCCGCCGCCCACGGCAGCGGAGCUGGCCCUGGCAGGCGGGGCGGGCAUGCAGGUGCCUGGGCUGGGGCCACCCCGCCUGGAUCAUGCGGCGGCGGAAUCCUUCAUGGCAGCCAUCCAUGGUCCGGUGGGGCCACGCAUGGGCGCCGCGGGGCCGAUGGCGGCGCCGGCGGAGUGGGACGCCAUCUUCCAUGGCCAGGCGGCGGGUCCCACCGCGCUGCAUCCACCGCCGGGACAGCUGCCGGGGGGACCUCCGGGCAUGAUGGGUGCGCCGCCGCCCAUGUUGGCGCCGCACUUCCACGCCUUCAUGCGCGGCGCGCUGCGGGCCGGGGCUGCGGGUCCUGCUGCCAGCGUCAUGGGCGGCCCGCCGCUGCCGCCCGAGCUGGCGGCGCAGCUGAGCACCGCCGACAAGGUGCGCAUACGCGACCGCUCCACCAUCAUGGCUCGGCACCUGUACGCGGACCACGGCGAUCGCUUCGCAGACAUGCAGGUGGGCCAGCUCCUGGCCUCAUUGCGUAUCGACCCCCGCGAGCUGCCAGCACAGCUCAAUCACGCCCACCCCGCCGACUGGCACGAGGCCUGGCGAACAGGAGCGCAGGCGGCCGGCGGCGCGCCGCCGCCGUCCGUGGCCGCGGAGCUGGCGGCGGCGGGUGGCGCGGCGGCGGCGGCGGCGCCGUGGGAGGCGAUCUGGAACCAGCGGCACGGGCCACCAGGGCCCAGUGGCAUGAUGGUGCGGGCGCCCUCCACGGGUUGGGCCUCCGAGUUCGCGGCGCAGCACCCCAUGGCGGCGCAAGGGCCGCCGCUAGGAGGAGCGGCGGCGGCGCCGGGCGCGGCCUGGGCGACGGAGUUUGCGGGGGGUGCCGCCGCUCCAGCGGACACCGCCAGCGCCUGGGCCGCGGACUUCAAGUCGGAGCAAGACACGGCGACGGCGCCAGGGACGCAGGGGCAGGCCGGGCGAACAGGCACCGCCGACCCACGCGCUACCACGGCCGCUCUCGCGGACGUGCUCAGCAAGAGCGCCGACCCCAAAAUGCGGAACUCCAAGUUCCUGCAGUUUGUCAGCAAGAUGAGCAAAGGGGAGCUGAUGUUUGAGGACAACAAGGUGGUGGAGCGUACGGCGGACGCGUCGGCCUGGGCCUCCGAGUUUGGGCAGCAGCACGGCAUGCCGCCGCCGCAGGCGCAUCAGCAGCCGGCUCAGUGGGCCAACGAGUUCACACAUCAGCAGGCCCGGCCGCCGCAGCAGGACUGGGCGGACGAGUUCGCAAAGGGCGUGGCGGACCUAAAGCUGGGAGAGGGCAUGGACGCGGCACAGGUGGAAGAGCUGGAGGCGGCGUGGCGGGCAGGGGAAGCGGCCGCCUGGGCGGAGGAGUUCAACAAGGGCGACGAGGGGCAGUACGAGGAAUGGGAGCGCAUCUACGGCCACGGCGCCGUGGGGGACAGCGUGUUUGGGGGCGGGCUGGCGGGUAUGGCGGGCACGGCGACGGCGCCAGGCGAGUACGUGUUCUCAGAGGCCAACCCCUUCCUGGGGGACCCUGAGGCGAUGCAGAAGGGCAAGGACCUCUUCAGGCGGGGGGUGCUGAGCGAGGCAGCACUGGCGCUGGAGGCCGUGGUCCGGGAGCAUCCCGAGAACGCGGAGGCGUGGCGGCUGUUGGGCACUGUGCACGCCGAGAACGACGACGACCGACAGGCCAUCGCCGCCAUGAUGCGCGCGCACCAGGCAGACCCGCGCGACCCGGCCGUGCUGCUGGCGCUGGGCGUCAGCCACACCAACGAGCUGAGCGCCUGGGAGGCCACCAAGCACCUCAAGGGCUGGCUGGCGGCACAGCGCGCCUACGCGCCACUGGUGGAGGCUGCGGGCGAGGCGCCAGACAGCAGCCAGCGGCUCUCACACACGAUCAAGUUGUUUGAGGCCGCCGCCGCCACCGCCCCCACUGACCCCGAGCUGCAUGUCGCACUGGGGGUGCUACACCACCUGGGUCGGGCGUACGGGCCGGCAGUGGAGGCGUUCGAGCGCGCGCUGCAGCUGCGACCCGGGGACUACAGCCUUUGGAACAAGCUGGGUGCUACGCUGGCGAACAACGGCCGCAGCGGCGAGGCGCUCGCAGCGUACCAGAAGGCCCUUGACCUUAAGCCCAACUACAUGCGCGCCUGGACCAAUAUGGGCAUCAGCUACGCCAACCUGGGGGUAUACAACAGGAGCGCCGCCUUCUACGUUCGAGCGCUCGGCCUUAACGCCGCGGCGGAGCACGUGUGGGGCUACCUGCGUACCAGCCUGGCGUGUGCCGGCAAGCUAGAACUGAUGGGCGCGGUGGACGCCAAGGACCUGACACAGCUGCAGGCGGCGCUUCCGCUGGAGUAGAUAGACUCGAGAUGAAGAUAGGCCCGAGGAGUAGACAGGCUGCAUGGAGCAUCGGUAUGCCGACAUGUACCGCAAGGACGCGGGCGGCUGGGCCGAGCAGCGGGGGCAUGGCGGACCGAGGCGUAGGGCGAAUGCAAGGAGGCGGCGGGUGCAGCAGGCGGGUUACCUGCGGGCAGCUGCUCGAGCUAGGGGCCGGUGCAGGAGUCGGGCAGAGGCAAGAAAGUAUAAGGAUCAGGCUGGGAGCCUGAGCAGCAGGUGGAGGUGUAGGCGGAACUGCCGCUGGAGUGCUGUAGACAGGCAAUGUUAGGUGUGCCGGAGCUGGAGGCACGCAGGACGCAGGCUUUUGCGUACGAGGGACUGCAGGAGCCGAUCCUAGCCGAUCACUGACGUGGGGUUGUUUUGCGAAGUUACAGGAGGGGACAGACAAAGCUGCCAUGCAGCGGUGCUGCCGGUGCAUGCAGCGGUACGGUGGGUUGGUGGUAAGUACGCGCUUCCCUUGUGCUUCAGGUGUGUUUGGGACGACCCUCAAGGACUAGUGUUCUCCGGUCACGGGAAAAUCCAGGGGGCUCAGGCCCAAAAAUGGAUCAUUCAUGGCUGGUCUGGACGUGUCAGGCAGAAGUUGGCUGCCUACUCUUACACAACCACGACGCUACGGGCACGGACACUAUUGAUUUAGACCUUUAUUUGUCUACCUAUCGCAGUAUCGCGCCCCCGGACUCAGGAGUUAGUGGGGCCACAAUGCACUAGAACCCAUGUGAAUGCUCAUGCUCAUGCUCACUUACGUGUCAGCAUCACCUCUGACAACACACUUGUGGGUGACGCGGGUAACGCAUUGGGUAACACAGCCAAAUGCAAAGCGCUGGCAACUGCCGCAACCAGCAGGGAGGAAGGGAGCGAGCAGUGUGCAUGAAUUGUACUCAAUCAGUCACUU